AUGCAGGCGGCGCUAAUACCACCGCCGCAAAUCACGCUGACGGGACGACCCAUCACCACCACCAGACUGCAAUUUCUUGUCCACAGCAAAAAUAUUACUGUGAGAGGAUCGGAAACAGGAAACAGCCGCCAAAAUCAGCUGCGUCGGCUCUCAAUCAGCAGCCGUCUGAGCGACAUGGCGGCAGCAUCACCGCCGCCCGUCGGGACUGUCCCUAAAUGGGCACAGAAGACUGUUACCAUACCCGGAAAGAGGCGAGGCUGCCAUGACGUCACCCCUCAGAUUCUGAAGGAGAUUGCACAAGACCUAUCAGGCUUUAAAUGUGGCCUUGCCCAUAUUUUCUUGCAGCAUACAAGUGCUUCUUUGACUAUAAAUGAAAAUUAUGAUCCUGAUGUCAGAUAUGACACGGAAACAUUUUUGAACCGAAUAGUUCCAGAGGGAAGUUCUGCACCAUGGAGGCAUACUCUGGAAGGUGCAGACGACAUGCCAGCACACAUUAAGUCAUCUAUGUUCGGCUGCUCCCUCACGGUACCAAUAACAGAAGGAAGAUUGAACAUCGGAACUUGGCAGGGUAUAUGGCUAUGCGAACAUCGUGAUGUUCCUACGCCACGCAAAGUUGUGGUUACUCUUAAUGGGAUGUGA